AUGCCGCCGCAAGCCGCCGCCGUCGUUGCACAGCAGGGCGACUGCUGCCGCCACGGCCAGCCUCCCCGCUGGCACGCGGGAGGAGCAGGCGAGCCGCUGCCCUUCUACCUGCCGCAGCGCAAGCGGCUGUCCGUGGACGGGAGCGCGAAGCCGCCGGGCCCGCGGAUAUGCAUCUGGGAGUGCGACGGCGAGGCGGGCGACAUCACCUGCGACAUCGUCGCCGCGCCAUUCCGGCGCAGCUGCAGCGCCAGGCCGACGCAGGCCCCUGCCGCCCCGUUCUUCCGGACGAUGACGCCCCCGCCGCCGAGGCCGCAGAGGGUGGUGGAGGCGGAGGAGGAGGCCAGCAAGCCCGGGAAGGCCAUCCGCAGGGGCCACCGGAGCUACGGCCUCAUGCUCAACCUGCAGCUCGGCAUAAGUUAUUCGGUGGGGAAGUCGUCGGCGCUGCCGUUCAAGAAGCUGCUGGCGUCAGACUUCGACCCGCGGGAGAAGGUGUGGACGCGGUUCCCGCCGGAAGGGUCCAAGCUCACGCCGCCGCAUCACUCCGUCGAUUUCCGGUGGAAGGACUACUGCCCUGCAGUAUUCAGGCAUCUGAGGAAAUUGUUCGGGGUGGACCCUGCGGACUACAUGCUUGCCAUCUGCGGCAACCACACGCUCCGGGAGCUCGCGUCCCCGGGGAAGAGCGGGAGCUGCUUCUUCGUGACGCAGGACGAUCGGUUCAUGAUCAAAACCGUGAGGAAGGCUGAAGUGAAGGUUCUUAUUAGGAUGCUGCGGAGCUACUAUGAACAUGUUCGUCAGCACAAGUCCACCCUAUUGACGAGAUUCUAUGGCACACAUUGCAUUAAGCAAGUUGGAUGUCCCAAGGUCCGGUUCAUUAUAAUGGGAAAUUUUUGCUGCUCGGAGUAUAAGAUUCAUAGGCGUUUUGAUUUGAAAGGUUCCUCGUAUGGUCGGACUAUCGACAAAACAGAGCGGAAGAUUGAUGAAACCACUACGCUGAAGGACCUAGAUCUUGAUUAUGCAUUCCGGUUGCAACGAUUUUGGUAUGAGGAACUUAUGAAGCAAAUUCAGAUGGACUGCACAUUCUUAGAGACACAAGGAAUUAUGGACUACAGCUUGUUGUUAGGAGUUCACUUUCGUAAUGAUUUAUCCGUGUCUAAGAUAGGCCUCUCUCAACCCAUUGCUUUGACAAAAUCUACUACUGGCAAAAGAAAAUCAUUUGAAGGCGGAGGAAAUUUUUGUGAGCUAUGCUUUAUGGAAUCAGGAUGCAAGGACAGGGAUUUGACGAUAGAACCCCGGAAGCCAUUUGUCCAGCUUGGCAUAAACAUGCCGGCCCAGGCAGAGCGCAGCUCAAGGAAAAUACUGGACAAGUUUCUUCUGAACGAAAGGCACCUGUUCAUAAGCACGCCCGGCGGGGGACCGUGUGAUGUCUAUCUCUUCUUCGGAAUAAUCGACAUCCUCCAAGACUAUGACAUAACCAAGAAGCUAGAGCACGCCUACAAGUCCUUUCAAGUCAACCCUGGCCGCAUCUCCGCUGUAGACCCCAAGCUAUACUCGAGGAGGUUCCAGGAUUUCAUUCGCAGGGUGUUUGUAAAACAACAGCACUGAGAAGAAGAAUGCACAGGGUUAAGCUAACUGGCUAGUGUCCCUCUGACUUUUUUUACAUCAUGAGAUUGAGAUAUACUGGAGGGGUUUUUGCAUGAUGAGAUCCAUUGGUGAAGCUUAUGGUAUGAUGGCAUCGCUGAUCCCGAGCAUGCCCUGGAGCAGUACGAGUGGUGGUCAGUUUUGCUACCAGACGGCCUAUGUAUAUUCUCUGAAUAUAGGUGGCGGCAAGCAGGGAGCUCUGCCGACAAGCAUGCUAGAACCGGAAGGAUGGGAGCUGAACUGGUAAAGCUCCCUCUUUUGGAAGACUUGUGAACUGUAAGUGGCU